AUGGAUGACGACCAGCAGUUUUGUCUGCGGUGGAACAACCAUCAGUCGACGCUGGUUUCUGUGUUCGACACUCUGCUAGAGAAAGGGAUGCAUGUGGACUGCACCUUGGCUGCCGAAGGACAAACACUCAAGGCACACAAAGUAGUUUUGUCUGCGUGCAGUCCCUAUUUCGAGAGUGUAUUAUCCCAACAGUAUGACAAGCAUCCUAUAAUAAUAUUAAAAGAUGUGAAAUAUGCCGAAUUGAGAGCUAUGAUGGACUAUAUGUACCGUGGAGAAGUAAACAUAUCUCAGGAUCAGCUAGCGGCUCUGCUUAAGGCAGCAGAGUCACUACAAAUAAAAGGUCUCUCAGAUAACAAGCCUUCAAGGCCACCGUCGCGCCCUGCCCAAGCAACUGCACACCCGCCACGCGCCCCAUCUCCUCCACCACAGGUGCGAGAUGGUAGCAUCGACAGUCGCGAAGGCUCAAUGAGUCCGACGCGGCGUCGAAAGAAAGCACGCCGCAUGUCCACCGAAGCAACUACCCCGAUGCCCUCUCAAACAGACUCUAACCAAGGAAAUGGAGAUGAUCAGGUUCCGCUGAAAGAGGAAGUGUCCAGAGACGGAGUGGAGGACCUUACUCUAGACGAAGAGGCUGAAGAACAACCGUCGGUCCCGCACAAUGAUGUUGUACGCAAUUUUCAAUGGCAUAUGGAAAGAUCUCAAGAUGAAAUAAUGAAUUCAAAUGACAGUGUUCGAGAGACUCAAGGAAGAAGAACGACACCGAGACACAGUAUCAUGACGCGUAGUAAAAAAGUGAGCGAGGAGACCUUCGCGACCACCCUCGCCAUACUGAAGAACGUGAGCGCGCCCGCGCCCGACGACGCCAAGGAGAACAAGAGCAACAAGCGCGCCAAGUCGCCCGACAAGCCCGCGCCCAAACCCGAGCCGGAGCCGGAACCCGAGCCGAAGCCCGAGCCGGCGGCCGAGCCCGAGGCGAAGUCGGAGUCGCGCUACCACAUCUUCCCGCGCGGCGCGCAAACGCUGCCGUGCGCGCAGUACAAGACGGACAAGGGCUACCGCUGCCCCAACUGCCACCGCUGCUACAACGCGCGCAAGAACCUCGUGCGUCACGUGACGCUGGAGUGCGGCCGCGAGCCGCAGUACAAGUGCCCGCACUGCUCCUACAGCAAGCACCGCCGCAACGAGCUCAAGAAGCAUAUCGAGAAGAAGCACCCCGCGCACGCGCCCGCGCCCGCCGCCUCCCCCGCGCCCCUCGGCGUCAAG